CGGUACAAGCAUCUGCAGGGAUCGCUGCUCUGCUAUAUCUCGAGAAGUGUUGUACCGACCGAGGAAGAGGUUCAAAGUUGAGACUUAUUGAGACAGUAGCGCGUGCGGUUGCUUUUCCAGGAGAAGAGAAGUGUGUUCUUCUGCGCGGCGAUGCGCACAUUGUUUUGUCACACUCACAGGUGACUGAUAGCGGAGAUUGUUCUUUUCGCCGAAGGUGAGCGAGAUAAUGUCCUGGAUUUGAGGGGGAGAUUGGUUGGCUGGACUGUCGAUCGUUGCUUCGCCUGCUGGAAUUUAUUUUAGCUAAGCUGAUAAAUGAUUAACACUUUAUCAAGAAGGGUAGUUCAAGUUGCGCGCCAAUCACCUCUCAUCUCUCAUAACGCACCAAGUUUGGUAAAAGCUCGAACGAUGAACACUGGCAACAAGAAGGGCUUGUCGCUCAAUCAGGUGCUCAAAGCUCUGCAUUCUUUCGCCAACCCAUCGCUCGCCGCCUCGUGGGACAACGUCGGCUUGCUCAUCGAGCCUACCGAGCCGAAGAAUAUCUCUCACAUUCUUUUGACCAACGACUUGACCGAGGAUGUCAUGCAGGAAGCCGUGGAGCUGCAGGUCGACAUGAUCAUCUCGUACCAUCCUCCGAUAUUUGCGCCACUCAAGUCGGUGACCACGAGAACGUGGAAGGAGCGCAUUGCGGCCAAGUGUCUGGAGAACAGAAUAGCUCUGUACUCGCCGCACACAGCCUUCGACUGCAUCCGCGGAGGAGUGAACGACUGGCUGGCCGGGGCUUUCAAGCACAAAGAGAGCCACCCCAUCGAGCCGUCGGUGGAGCCGCAGAACGGCAUGGGAAGGUUCAUCGUGCUCCAGGACAAGAUCAGCAUAGGCGAGGCUGUCGAGCUGGUGAAAAAGCAGACCGGCCUGCCGCACGUCCGCCUGGCACGCGCCAGAGGCUCCAACGGCUCCAUAAGCAAAAUCGGCCUCUGCGCCGGAUCGGGUGCUUCGGUGCUCAAAGGCUUAUCGGCCGAUCUGUACGUGACCGGCGAGAUGCUGCACCACGACAUCCUCGACGCGGUGCACGGGGGCGCCAGCGUAAUCCUGACCAACCACUCGGACUCGGAGCGAGGCUUCCUCAAGGCCGUGUUCGCGCAGAAGCUCACCUCGCUGCUGCAGGACAACGUGGUGGUGAGCGUGUCCGAGCAGGACGAGGAUCCGCUCAAGACUGUCUGAGAGAGGGGAGCUUCGCCGUGCUUUUUUCUUACCGGUCCCUGUGAAUAAGUUAGCUGCGACGAUGGAGCUUUAAAUCAUCGUUACGCGUGAAUUACGCAAUUUACGAGCUUUCUUUUAUCAGAUAUUUGUUAAUUCCUCGAAAUAAAGCCAAACAUUGAGCGCAAAAA